UUCAUCUCCUCUUCGCGUUCCGCGAGCCACCUCCUAAACCUUAGUAGAAGCGCGGCGCCGCCACAAGCUCUCUCCCUCGCCGAGCGCUGCUCUCUCCCUCGCCGAGAUCUGCUCUCUCCCUCGCCGAGUGCUGCUCUCUCCCUCGCCGAGAGCUGCUCUCUCGCCGAGCUCUGCUCUCUCCCUCGCCGAGAGCUGCUCUCUCGCCGAGCUCUGCUCUCUCCCUCGCCGAGAUCUGCUCUCUCCCUCGUCGAGCGUUGCUCUCUCCCGAGCCGAGCGCUGCUCCCUCCCUAGCGAGCUCUCACCCUCGCCGAGCUCUGCUCUCUCCCCUCUCCUGUCGCCGCCGCGAGUCCCCUCCUGCCUAAGCGAGUCCGCGACAGACCUCUCCCCCUCCUGCCGCCGCGAGUCCUCUACUGCCUAUGCGAAGUCCCCUCCUGCCGCCAGCCCUAGCAGAAGCGCCGAGCUCUCCCUCUCUUCACCGACAGGUUCUAUUCUGCCGCGAGCCCUAGCAGAAGCGCCGAGCUCUCCCUCUCUUCGGUGUCAGGCCCUCUCCUCUGAGCCCUAGCAGAAGCGGAAGAGAGAGGAGACGGGUGGAUAGAUCAUGUAGUGGCCAGCCAAUCGGAAGACAAAGGAGCCCAAAUUACGAUAUCUCCUAUCUCCUGCUUCCUUCCCUGCCACAUCCACCGGGUGCCCACGCGAUCGUCCAGGUCCCACUGCUCGCCGCCCCAGAUCUUCCAAUUUAUCUCCGCCUCUCGCUUAUCCACCACAGGAGAAGGCUCUAUCGAUACAGUGGACACGGAGGCAGCUACUGCGAACAGACGUUUCCCUUUUCCUUCUCCACCUUGUUGGAAUCCACAUUCAUCAAUUGUUUCAUGAGAGACAAUGGCAGCUGCAAGGGGCCUCGCCAUAGCCUUUCCAGGAACCGCAGCCACAAAGGCGGAGACUUUCCAUGGAAACAGGAUACCCAAUUCCACUUCUUCGCCUGUCGCUGCUGGAACCUCAUUGCUUAGGUUUAAGGUCGGUCGGAAAGGCUCUGUGCGCCGCCCUAGUCCGCGUUGCGAGGCUCUGGUGGAUCACGAAGAGAAGGCAGCGGCCAGUAUCUCUGCCCUUGAGCAGUUGAAAUUAUCUACCGACCGUUAUAUGAAGGAAAGAAGCAGCAUAGCUGUUAUUGGUCUAAGCGUUCAUACUGCUCCUGUGGAGAUGCGAGAAAAGCUUGCCAUUCCAGAGGCACAAUGGUCUCAUGCUGUUGGUGAGCUCUGCAAGUUGAAUCAUAUAGAAGAAGCUGCAGUUCUCAGCACCUGUAACAGAAUGGAAAUCUAUGUGGUUGCUCUUUCUUGGCACCGUGGAAUAAGAGAAGUAACAGAAUGGAUGUCCAAGACAAGUGGAAUUCCAGUUUCAGAGCUAAGAGAACAUCUUUUUUUGCUUCAUGAUAGCGAUGCCAGUAGGCAUUUGUUUGAGGUAUCAGCUGGACUCGAUUCUCUAGUACUAGGAGAAGGACAAAUCCUUGCACAAGUUAAACAAGUUGUGAGGGUCGGUCAAGUCAGCGGAGGACUAGGGAAAAACAUUGACAGAAUGUUUAAGGAUGCCAUAACAGCCGGAAAGAGGGUACGCUGUGAGACAAACAUAGCGUCUGGAGCAGUAUCAGUAAGCUCAGCGGCUGUAGAAUUGGCCCUCAUGAAGCUCCCGAAACCCCAUGGUCAAUCAGCCCGAAUGCUGGUAGUAGGGGCUGGCAAGAUGGGGAAGCUUGCCAUCAAACAUUUGGCUGCUAAAGGGUGCAAAAAGGCUGUGGUUGUGAACCGGUCAGCGGAACGAGUGGAAGCCAUUCGUGAGGAGCUCAACGAUAUCGAAAUCAUUUACAGACCUUUCAGUGAAAUGCACUCAUCUGUUGCUGAAGCUGAUGUGGUGUUUACAAGCACAGCAUCAGAUGUGCCAUUAUUCCUGAAAGAAGAUGUUGAAGUCCUUCCUCCUGCGAGUGAGGAUGUGGGGGGCAUAAGGCUUUUCGUUGACAUUUCGGUCCCUAGGAAUGUCGGUUCUUGUGUUUCGAACGUUAAGAAUACAAGAGUCUACAAUGUUGAUGACCUUAAGGAGGUUGUUGAAGCUAACAAGGAAGACAGGUUGAGGAAGGCAAUGGAAGCCCAGACAAUAAUCACUCAGGAGCUCAAGAGAUUUGAAGCAUGGAGAGAUUCUCUGGAGACUGUCCCUACGAUCAAGAAGCUAAGAACUUAUGCCGAUAGAAUUAGGUCCUUGGAGCUCGAUAAAUGCCUACAAAAGGUCGGUGAAGAUGCACUGACAAAAAAAAUGAGAAAGGCCAUUGAUGAUCUUAGCACAGGUAUAGUUAACAAGCUUCUUCAUGGUCCAUUACAGCACCUGAGAUGCGAUGGCAGUGAUAGCAGGACUCUCGACGAGACCCUCGAAAACAUGCAUGCUCUCAACAGGAUGUUCAGUCUGGACACGGAGAAAACAAUCUUGGAGCAGAAGAUCAAAGCCAAGGUAGAGAAAAUCCAAGCUUGAGAACUUACCCAACAAUGUACAGGAAAAGCUCGAUACAUUUCUGCAGUAAAGAUUUGUGAAACUCCAUAAACAAACCAACCUUUUGGUCACUUUCACUGCAUCUGGAUUCUCUGAUUCUUUGCUUCACUGCUUCUACAAUAAAAGAAUCGAUGAUACUUUGUGUCAGUUUGCAUAGAGUUGGCUGAUAGUAUUGUAUUGAUAUUUCAUAUUGCAUGUAUCCUAUUGCGGCUGAAGUCCUGUAAUUGGUCUCUUUGAUUCACUGUUGUGAUAUACUAAAUUCUUCUUGACUAUAUUAAGCACAUGGAAGCUACCCUUUGUUUUGA